CAGGCAUGCAAUAAAGGCAGCCAGAGUGGGAGUGAAAGAGCUGUGGGAAGCAGAGUGGACAGAGAGAGAGAGAGAGUGGAUGUCCAGCCAGAGAGAACCCAAGAGGAAGGAGUCAAAGUUCUAGCGGAAGCGAUAGAUUGCUAUACACAAUGGAGGUGCAUACGGAGUGCGCGGAUCCACCCGCGGCCCCUCAGUGUGACCCCCAGCCCACGGGGAAGAUCAACAAAGCCGCGUUCAAGCUCUUCGGAAAGCGACGGACCGGUUCCGGAAUGGCUAGCUUCUUCUCCUUCAGGAACAAAGGAGCCCAGCUGAGUGGUGGCACAAACGGGAAUUCUGACACAAGGAAUUCCAUGAACGGGAAUGGUUCAAUGUCAUCGGUUGAGCUGGUGAGGAGCAAAACGCAUGAUGGACUCACCGGAUCCAACAAUGACGCUGACGGACAAAAAGGGGACGGGCUGGAGGCAGGGACUGUGAGGUCUCUGAGUAAAUCUCUAAGUUUCUUCUCCCUGCUCCGACGUGGGAGUUUUAGGUCAAGUGAAAAUGGCGGACUGGUUCGGAGAGGGAGAGGCUUGAAGGGAUUUUUCAGCAGCAUGCGAUGGAGACGUAAGGACAAAUCAAACGACGGAGACGGGGAAGAGCUAGAACGCCGCAAGGAUGUCGAUAUUGCCAACCCUGAAAAGGCAAAGGAUGUCACUCUCACACUUGAACCGACGCCACAUCACCACCAAGAGGAUCAUGGGAAAACGGAAGUAGAAUGUAACCCCCAAGCGGCCGACGCUAACGGUACCGGCGCUUCCCUGACGCCCACACAUUGCGUAGCCAUGCUUGGCGCAUCCGGUGCGCCGGAUUCCCCUUCUGACUCGCCUGUGCACCCAGUCACCUGCAACGCCAAAGCAUCGGUUUCUAGCCUCACGCCCUCACUCGCCACGCCCCCUUUGGAGCGUUGCAGCACAGGUGACCCGCCGUCGGAACCCUCGGUUGAUCGCCUGUGCUCUCUUCUCUUCAACGAUGUCACAUCUCUUAAGAGCUUUGAUUCGCUCACCGGUUGCGGGGACAUUAUCGCGGACGCAGAUGAGGACACGGCAGGAAAUGGGGGCAGCGGUACCAGUAGCAGCAGCAGUGGGGGCGGAGGUGGGAUUGAAGGAGGAGCCGGCGCCGUUAGACCGCGAGGCACCUGUUCCGUAACACGUUGCUCCCCGUCAAAAGCGGCUUUACCGGUGUUCACUACAUCGGUUUCGCUUCCUGUCCGCACUCGGGUGACACCCACGCCUCAACCACCUGCGGUAGGCAGCGGCGUGGUGGCGUAUAUGGGCGGCGGCGAGGAAAUGGCGAGUCCAGAAGCGGUGGAUGACGCAGACAUGCAGGGGCUCUGGCAUAUGUUACCUUCCACCGGGGACAAUUCCCCUGCUUUGCCGCGAUUCCAUUCCACUUUUUCCCCUCGCAGUCUUGAUGCCGCCAGCAGCCACCAACCUUCAGCCAAGCUGAAAUCUUUGGGUUUGAGUAAAAUCCCAGUGGUUGGUGGAGCAGGAAGUCGGGUUUCAAAACCCUUCCCACCUCAUAGUCGCCACCCGGCAUCACCCGGGGAAAAAGAGCUACUCAGCGACGAAGGUUACUGGGAUACACCCACAGCAACACCCACAGCGACACCCGAUGAAAGUGGGCAUCAAACCAAACACAACUUAUCACGUGACAGUUGCUCUGGAGACCACCUCUACGACCUCUACAACGCGGGGGACGAAGACCAAAACAGUUCUUCGUCCUUGUCAACCGAAUGCAAACUCAGCCCACCUUCCUCGUCAUCGUCCUCUUCAUUCCGGUCCAUAAAAGGUAGCGCUAGCCUUCCCCGGGAGUCCAAAAUCCCGGUAAGCGCCAGACAAACCACACCCCCUCACUCUGCAAGUCAAUCAGCUCUGUCGUCCGUCCUGGAGGCGGAAUCCUCUCCGCCAAAGACCCAAGCACCCCUUCCGGCUCGCACUAGGAUCCCAGUAUCUAAGGUACCAGUGCGUCGCUCAGGAAACAAACCCACCGCCAUCACAAGCAGAAUUCCGACAACUGCUUCCAAGAAGUAGUCCGUCCUUAUCCUUAACCCCUACCUGCCUCUAUGAACUUGUGAGGCUGACCCUUCCCGCACGGAGCCAAAGUUUUCCCAAGCCAAGAAAAAUGUUGCGCUGUAGAGUUAAUGGUUUAGAAAUUCCGACAACAAUGAGGGCUUGUUCACCUGGGAGAAGUCGCAAAGAGACUCCAACUAAACCGGGAUUACUUUGAAAGUUGACCCCGGACAAGACGUUCACGUUACAAAUACCUGGGAAAACUGCAAGUCUGGGGGUCUGAUUUGAAAGCAUAACCUGAGCUGCUUUUUUGAUAAUCUUUGACAAAAUCAAUUUGUAACAAAAUGACCUUUGAAUAAUUUUAUAUAUUUUUUUUAAUUUUGUUAUAAUUUCUCAGCAAGCAAAUCAGAUGUAUAAAAUAAAAUAAUUAUAUUAUUAAUUGUUCUCAAAAUUUUAAUUUUAAUUUUAAUUUUAUUAUUUACGAGUCCAGGGCAAGAACUUUGACACGUUCACCUUACAAAUACCUGGGAAAACGGCAACUAAUUUUAAUUUUAAUUUUAUGGGAAUAAAGUCAAAAUAAAAUUUAAUUUAAUAAUCUUAUGAUUAUUUAAUUUUAAUUUUAAUUUUAAUUUUAAUUUUAAUUUUAAUUUUAAUUUUAAUUUUAAUUUUAAUUUUAAUUUUAAUUUUAAUUUUAAUUUUAAUUUUAACCUGGGAAAACUGCAAGUCUGAGGGUCUGAUUUGAAAGCAUAAACCUGAGCUGCUUUUUUGAUAAUCUUUUACAAAAUCAAUUUGUAACAAAAUGACCUUUGAAUAAUUUUAUUUUAACGCCAGAGUGUCGAAUUGACCUGAAUGCAAGACAGAAUUUGACAAAUCAUUUGUCUUUGGGUCGACAGAUUUAUCCAUGCAAACCAAUCAGAGGUUUUCUUCCUGUCAUUCACACGGUGUCCUAGUGGUUAGCAUGUUUAUUUUAAUUUUAAUUUAUUUAAAAAUGAAUGAAUGAAUAUCUUGCUUAUUUGCUCUCACGUAUGGUCUUACAUUGAGGGUCGUCUUAUAUUCAGGUCAAUACGGUAGUUUGGAGCACACUGGACAAUAGCCAUGCCAUGUUAAAAAUAAGAAGCCAUUUUUUAAAAUUGUUUUCUUAUGGAAUUGACUAAAAAAAAAGCAUGUAUUUGCGUUAACUACUUCUCAAUUCUGAAUUGUUUGAUUUGUGCAUUCCUGUAAAACUAACCGCAUUUCUGGGAAGUUCCUCCAAACUCUGGGAUUUAUGACUUUUUACAGGUGGGAAUGUCAAUACACGCUAACACGACAGGCACUCCCAUUGCAUGCAGGGCACACAUACAUACAUACAUGCAAGGCACAAAAGGUCAGAGUUCACGAUGUUCUCACUUUGUAGCUCCACUGGAUGACUAAUAAUUCUAUGUUUUUCUUAUAUUCUCCUACCUGCACGGAUUCAAACUGUGAUUAUUCCAUUUUAAUAAUCCUUUAUGCUAACAUACUGUAGAUGUCAAUGUUUACAGGGCGGGAUCCUUUCUUUCUGAACAUGCCUGGAACUGUUUUGUUGUUUUUUUUAAAUACUGCUGUGACCCCAAAAUAGUAACUAUUUCUAUUAUUUGGACCGACACCCAAAAAGCCAUUGUGUGUUGUUGGAUACACUGUAGAACCCAAGGAGCUAUUCCACUUGUGAAUGGAACUGAAUGUAUUGUAGCUUGACGUCUUUGUAGGUUGACCAGCAUAUAUAUUUUUUGUGCGUCUUUUAGUCUGGUUUUUAUAGCAUCGGGACAAAUGACUGUAUAGUUUUUAACGCCCCCAAUAAAACUGAGUAUGAAAAGCUACCAAAAAACAUAUUUUAGCAUUUAGUUCCUCCGGGAUUUUUAUAUGCAAAGUCAUUUUUUUCACUCUCGGGGCUCAUGAUAGUCAUUCCAUAAAGCUUGCAUAAAGCAUAAAGUUUGUAUAACUUGAUCAUAGAGCAUUUCGUACAGAAAAGUCAAUAAGGAAAUAAACAUAAUUUGUCUUGUUUAUUUCUUGCCUAUGCAAGCGCUUUUAUUCUGCUUAUUGUGGUUUACUUGGUCGUUGUGGGAUUGGGAAGCAAUUCAAGACUGCUAUUUGCUAUCACAGAUCAGCAAAGAAAAAGUACCAUCUAAGAAAACAAUAAUAAAACAUUAAAAAAAAUUGAUAAAAUUAUUUUAAUUUACUAAAAUAAAUCUUUAAAAUUUUUUUAAAAUUUACACUAAAUAUGACUUAAUUUUCUGCCCUCCCACAAAAAUGUCGGCCUUAUGUACCGCCACCACAUGCUACAUUUUGUCUCUUUUGUCAUUUUGUUUGAUGUGAAGUCUCCACUUUUCAUAUUUAAUAAAUAAACCUGUUUAUUCUAA